GUCUGCCUUUUGUCAAAGUUCACACAGGAAGCUAUCCCCACUCUUGGGCAAGCAGCACCAGCAGUUCAGGUGUAUCCAGCUGGGACAGUCCAAAGUCUUCUACUCGAACUGCGACACCUUCUCCCCCUGUUGCUACAAAACAGAAAGAUAGUCAAGAUGAAGGCAUUGAGAUGGAUGAAAGUGUUGGCUUUAUGGAGGAACACAUCAGUGAUAAAUGCAAGGCAGAGGUCCUGUUUCAGUGUACUUGGCCAGGAUGUAGACAACAGUAUGACACAUGUGAAAAUAUUGAACAGCAUGUUCGCACUAUUCACUUAGGGCGAACCAAGCAACAAAAGACAGAUCUGAAUGACCAUGAAGAGGAGUUUUAUUACACAGAAAUAGAAGUCAAGAAAGAGUCUUGUUCUUCUAGUCCUGAAUUGGAUGGGCUAGAAGACUCACUAUCACCAACAGUGCUUACUGUUUGCACUCCAACCAUCAGUCACUUGGACAUGUCAAAACCACCUGAAGAAAACCCAGAACUUAAAACCCAGCAACAGCAUUCCUCUUCUACUUCAAACCCCAUCAAUAUCCCUCAGGGACAGACACCAGUUAUUCAGUGGUAUCCACAUCAUUCUUAUGUUGCAAGCUUGCCAAGUAGCAUGGUUUCACCCCACAAACAUCCAAGACUUAGCACCAAGUCACUUUCCACUUCACCCAAGAGCUCAUCACAACAGCGAAAAGGGGUGGUGGUGAAGGGGCUGUAUAAAAAAACAACAACUAAGCCUCCUGGUUUUUCCCUGGCUUUAUAAUAUGUAUCUCGGUGAUCUCUUGCAGUCAUCAAAUAAAGCUUUACAUUUGACUUAAUUAGUUAACAUCCAAGACUAGUAUAAAAUACGUAUUUACUUUUGUAUUUAUAUUUUUUGUUUCUAUAAAAAUUAUACCGUUUGUACAAGUUAGAUAGAAAAGGUGCAUUAUCUUAAGCAGUGAUAACUUAAACUAACAUUUAUUUAUUUCUACUGCAAGCCUAUACAUUAUAAAAAAUUAAACUUAACAUAGAGUUUGAGACAUUUUGAUAUUGGUAUUUUAGAAUUUUUAUCAAUGAUAUAACUUUAGGCCCAAGGCAAAGCAAAAUGUUGAUAUAGUAUUGUUAACAAGUUUUUCAUCAUCAAACAAACUUAUUAAGCUUGAAAUGAAAAAUUUCAUCUUUUUUACAAUAAAUAUAAUUCUUAACUGUUUUAUGUAGAUAAACACAUUUAUUACUGCAUUUGUUGUUCAAUUAAAAACAAAAAUCACUUUACUAACAAGGUUAUUUAGAAAUUAAUGUUAUCUAGGUAAACUACAUGUUUUUGUAUGAAUGUUUUGUAAUAACUUUCAAUUAUUUGUUGUAAGACAUUUCUAAAAGUUUUAAAAAAAACAUGAUUUUGUAUAUAAUGUCAGUGUUUAUUAUAAUAAAAAAAAAGAGUGACAUAUGUCACAAGCAAUAUUGCCUAUAAUUUUUUCAUGUGCACCAGUUUCGAGGCAAUGUGCAGAUGUGCUACCAGUUUUUUUUAUUUUUCUUUGGGGGAGGGGGAUAUUUUUAGAUCACCAACCCAAUUGAAUCAUUAGGCUGCUUUGCAAUGCUACCAGUUGGAUAUUUGGGCUUUAGGCCCAGCGACUGCAAGGGUCAUUAAGGCUAUCAACGUGUUGAGACUAUCUCACCAUUACCGAAAAUGUGCACGGCUGGAAUAAUCAAGUGUGCGGUAUUUGAUUGGUUGUUGUGCAGCUGCACAGCCUAGAGGGAACACUGGUCACAAGUGCUAAUUCUACCAUAAAGUGUAUUAUUACUUGCUGA